GCGGCGGAGUGGUCCCUGCGUCCGCCGUGACGGAGGAUGCUCGACGCCGUGUGUCCUUCCGCGACAGGGGGUGCGAGGCGCGCUGAGGACGAGGGAGCCGGAGCGCAGCAGCCGCCCAGCAGCCCGCCUGGCCCGGCGGGAUGUUCAAGAACACCUUCCAGAGCGGCUUCCUGUCCGUCCUGUACAGCAUCGGCAGCAAGCCCCUCCAGAUCUGGGACAAGAAGGUGCGGAAUGGCCACAUCAAAAGAAUCACGGAUAACGAUAUCCAGUCGCUGGUGCUGGAGAUUGAAGGAACCAAUGUCAGUACCACAUACAUCACGUGCCCUGCUGACCCAAAGAAGACGCUGGGGAUCAAAUUGCCUUUUCUCGUCAUGAUAAUCAAGAACCUGAAGAAAUACUUUACCUUUGAAGUGCAGGUGUUGGACGAUAAAAAUGUGCGCCGGCGGUUUCGGGCCAGUAACUACCAGAGCACGACCCGCGUCAAGCCCUUCAUCUGCACCAUGCCCAUGCGCCUGGAUGACGGCUGGAACCAGAUUCAGUUCAACCUGUCGGACUUCACUCGCCGAGCGUACGGCACCAACUACAUUGAGACCCUGAGAGUCCAGAUCCACGCAAACUGUCGCAUCCGCAGAAUUUACUUCUCUGACAGACUCUACUCCGAGGAUGAGCUUCCUGCGGAGUUCAAGCUGUACAUCCCUGUCCAGAACAAAGCCAAGCAAUGACGACACGUUGGGAAGCCAUCUGAGAGAGACUCUGUGAAGACGGGUGGAAGAGUGUUUUUAAUUAAAAACAGAAUUUAGAUGUUGAUUUUCAUAGGGCAACCUUUUAUUUAAUAAAGUUGGUAUCUAUAACUCCCGGACAGGACACAACUAACCAUGUCAUUGUUUGUGUACGAAAUGGCCCCUGGUCAGGCUUGCAGUUUAAGAUCAGCCCUGGAUUAGCCAGGUGCGGAAGGCCUUCUCCGUGGGGAGGAGGGCGCUGGAGCAGCCGGAGUUCCUUGUGCCCUGGUGGAUGCCAACGGCUUUCCUUCCUGGCUCCUUGUAUCUUGUUUAUAUGUACUCGAAAUGUGUGUGGACGAUUUCUGCUCUGGAAGCUGCUAUUAAACAUUUGAUUUUCUUUGUAA